AUGAAGAACUCAAUCAUCCUUCUCGCCGUCGGAAUUGUCUCUAGGGCUAUGGCCCAGGACCAGUGUGCUGGAUGUGACAACAUCGAAAGCUACAACUCCGUUCUCACACCCUGCUCUCAGAGUUGGUAUGGUGCUAUUGGAGCUUGUAUGGUGGCUCCUUGCAACCGUCAAUACACCGACCCUUACGCUCGUUGCAACCCUCCCGCCGUUGACCAGUCUUCUUCUGCUGCUGGUGCCCCGGCCAGCUCUGUCGCUGGAGGAGUUGCUACCAUUACCACCACUAUGGCCGAUGGAACAGUAUCCACCUUCACUGGUGUUGCUCCUGUUGCCUCUGCCACCUCUUCUGCUGGUGAAAGUGCAUCAAGCGUCCUCGGAAGUGCCUCUGCCUCUGCAUCCAGUGCCAUUGGGAGUGUCUCUGCCUCACUUUCCAGCGAGCUCGCCUCUGCCUCUGCCUCAGCGUCCAGUGCCCUUGAGAGUGCCUCUUCUACCGCUGUCGGUGCCAUCUCCUCUGUUGCCAGCAGUGUCUCCAGCGAGCUUGCGUCUGCCACUAAUCUCAGCACUGUUACUCCCGGCCAGGCCUACCAGUAUACCACCACUGCCAGUGAUGGAUCCCUCACCACUAUCAGCACCACUGCUCCUGCCGAGUCAACCACCACUAUCACCACCACUGGAACUAAUGGCAGCUCAACCACCCUCACCUCCACCGCUACCUCCUCCAGCUCUGUAACCACCCGCACCCGUUCCACCACUACUACUGAGUCUGCCACUCCUACUUCCACCGCCACCACCGGCGCUGCUUGCAUGAACGGUGCCCCUAUGGCUCUUUCUGGUGUCUUUGCUAUCAUCGGUUCUUUGUUCUUCUUGUAA